GGGGGAAUUCCCUUUAAAUUCAGAAUAUACUAAUUAUAUGCUAGCCCGAGUUUUCUCUUGCCCUGAAACCAGGCAUGGUGUCAGGGCCAGAAGAAACUCGGGCUACAUAUAUUCGUGCUGGCCAAAGAAGGUAGAAACAUCUUAAUGAUGGCAACAGCGGAGGGAAGUGGUGGGGCUGCUGAUGGUGAUAACAGCCAGGACAAGAUGCGUACACCAGAAGAAAGAGAUGCUUUAGUCAGGCAGAUACUUGAUAAACCAGGAAUUGCACAGAUCAAGCAGGAAUUUUUGCUGCUUGACCACAAGAUCAAGAUUUCUGAAGAGUUUCUGUCAAACAAAACAAAAGCAAAAAUGGAAGCAAGCAAAGACGUAAAUCCAGACAAGAGGGAAAAUGGGGCCUCCCACGAAAAUGAAGGUGGCCCUCCACCAAGUAAGAGAAUGAAGCUCAAGGGAAGAAAUAAAAACCGACCAGUUCAUCAGAAACAAGACAGUUCCCAAAAGAUGUGUCCAGCUGUGCUUCAUGAUCAGGAGUGUCGAUUCGGAGACAGGUGUAAGUUCAGUCAUGAUGCAAAGAAAUUUAUGGCUGAAAAACCGGAAGAUUUAGGACCAGUUUGUGUCAAUUUUGAAAAGUAUGGAAAGUGUCUAUAUGGAAUAUCCUGUCGUUACGGAAAAAGUCACAUUACAGAUGAUUUUCGGAACAUUGUUAACGAGAGUUUGUACGCCGAAAUGAAGAAUAAGAAGGCAGUAAAGAAUGUUCUAGAUAAGGAACUUCAGCAUAAACUGUGGAAAAAGAAAUAUAACUUUGAUAAAGCAAACAAAAACACUACACGAAUACAAAAAGAAGUUAGAGAUAGAGUAGAUUCAGAAAAACUACAAAUGGAAGAAAAGAAAAAAGUAGACUCUAUUGGUGCAGGAGAAACGAACAUUGGAAACAGUGUAGAAGGGAAGAAAACAGAAUUAGGUGGCUCUUCUUCAGUUGAUGGAGCAAACAAAAGUGACAGUCAGAUAUCUACAGAUAUACAUACUGAAAUGUCUGAUGUUGGUGGAACAAAACAGUCUGAUGCGUCUGUGUGCUUAUCUGAUUCUGAAGGCAUUCGACUAAGACCACAGGAGAAAAAACUCAUUGACUUUUCCAAUAAGCUGUACUUGGCGCCCCUAACCACAGUUGGUAACUUGCCGUUCCGAAGAAUUUGUAAAGGUAUGGGCGUGGACAUUACAUGUUGUGAAAUGGCUCUGUCCACAAACAUUCUCCAAGGGCAGAUGUCUGAGUGGGCCCUACUGAAACGUCACGAGUCUGAGGACUUGUUCGGAGUUCAGAUUUGUGGUGCGUUCCCGGACACAUUAACUCGCUGCUGUCAGCUGAUUAAUGAUGAGUUAUCUGUGGACUUUGUCGAUCUCAACUGUGGCUGUCCGAUAGAUCUGGUCUUCAAGAAGGGUGAAGGAUGUGCAUUGAUGGGGAAAAGCAACAAGUUCGAACAGGUGGUUCGCUGUAUGAAGUCUGUGCUUGACAUCCCACUCACAGUGAAGUUGAGGACAGGAAUAUAUGACAACAAAAAUAUCGCUCAUUACCUUGUACCCAAACUCAGGAGAUGGGGAGCAUCUCUGGUAACUAUCCACGGGCGGUCUAGGGAGCAGAGAUACACUAGGCUGGCUGACUGGGACUACAUUGAUGAGUGUGCUAAGUUAGGAGCCCCUAUGCCAGUGUUUGGUAAUGGUGACCUGUUAUCGUAUGAAGACCUGGAUGUUUGUCUCAAGACCAACGUUAGUGGAGGAAUGGUUGCCAGGGGAGCAUUGAUCAAACCAUGGAUUUUCACGGAGAUGAAAGAAAGGCGCCACUGGGAUAUCUCGGCAAACGAAAGAUUUGACAUGCUCAAAUCAUAUGUCAACUUUGGAUUGGAACACUGGGGAUCAGAUCAUCAAGGUGUGGAAAACACACGGAGGUUUCUCAUGGAAUGGCUAUCCUUCUUAUACAGGUACAUACCUGUUGGGGUGUUAGACCAGGUGCCUCAAAAGAUCAACGAAAGACCACCGUACUACAUCGGUCGUAACGACCUAGAGACUCUACUGUCCAGUUCAAACUGCGGGGACUGGAUCAAGAUCAGUGAGAUGUUGCUUGGUCCUGUGCCAGAAGGGUUCAACUUUCUCCCUAAACACAAAGCAAACGCCUAUAAAUGAUGAGUUUAAUUCCUGGGAAUGAAAUUUGUGUAGAUAACACUGUAACAAUCUAUAUGGUACUGAAGUGUCAGUGCUCUAAAACAACCUUAUUUGACAGAUGUGGAAUAUCAUUUCAGGAUUUUACAGAGAAUUAUUAAGAUUUCUUAAAAUCUGGAUGAAACUUUUUAAACACUUAAUUGUCCUAGGCAUACAGAGCUAAACUUCUUUCAGCAUCAAAAACAGGACGUUUAAAAAAAGACAUUUCUACUGCUUAACUGAAUUUGACAGUGUUUUUGAAUAUUGAUGUGACCUGUACCUUUUUAUUUUGAUUUGUGAAUUCUUUUGUAUCUGAAAAAUAUGGAAAAAAAAUAAAUCAAAUGCAAUUAAGAUUUAAAUGUUUUUAUGAAA